CUGUGGAAGCGCCUGGCGCGGUGAUUCGCGCGGGUGCGGGGCGAGCGAUUCGGAUGCGCGUGAGUGGGCGCCCGCGGGGGUGCUGAAAGAGAAGCAGCUCCAGGGACUCCCGGGCCGCCGCAGACAUGAUCCACGAGCUGCUCUUGGCCCUGAGUGGGUACCCAGGCUCCAUUUUCACCUGGAACAAGCGGAGCGGCCUGCAGGUUUCCCAGGACUUCCCAUUUCUGCACCCCAGUGAGACUAGUGUUCUGAAUCGACUCUGUCGGCUUGGCACAGACUACAUUCGAUUCACUGAGUUCAUUGAACAGUAUACAGGCCAUGUGCAGCAACAGGAUCACCAUCCAUCCCAGCAGGGCCAAGGUGGGCUACAUGGGAUCUACCUGAGGGCCUUCUGCACAGGGCUGGAUUCAGUUUUACAGCCUUAUCGCCAAGCACUGCUUGACCUGGAACUAGAGUUCCUGGCUGACCCACAUCUCUCCAUAUCACAUGUCAAUUACUCCUUAGAUCAGUUCCAGCUCCUUUUUCCCUCUGUGAUGGUUGUAGUAGAGCAAAUUAAAAGCCAAAAGAUUCAUGGCUGUCAGAUCCUGGAAACAGUUCACAAACACAGCUGUGGGGGGCUGCCUCCAGUCCGAAGCGCAUUAGAAAAAAUCCUGGCUGUGUGCCAUGGAGUCAUGUAUAAACAGCUCUCAGCCUGGAUGCUGCAUGGACUCCUCUUGGACCAGCACGAAGAGUUCUUCAUCAAACAGGGUCCAUCUUCUGGCAAUAUCAGCACACAGACAGAAGAGGAUGAGGAAGAUUUAGGAAUUGGAGGCCUGACAGGGAAACAGCUGAGAGAACUGCAGGACCUGCGCCUAAUUGAGGAAGAGAACAUGCUGGCCCCAUCUCUGAAGCAGUUUUCCCUACGGGUUGAGAUUUUACCAUCCUACAUUCCAGUGAGAGUUGCUGAAAAAAUCCUCUUUGUUGGAGAAUCUGUCCAGAUGUUUGAGAAUCAGAAUGUGAACCUGACAAGGAAAGGGUCCAUCUUGAAGAACCAGGAGGACACUUUUGCUGCCGAGCUGCAUCGACUCAAGCAGCAGCCACUCUUCAGCCUGGUGGAUUUUGAGCAGGUGGUGGAUCGGAUUCGCAGCACUGUGGCUGAGCACCUCUGGAAACUAAUGGUAGAAGAAUCAGAUUUACUGGGUCAGCUGAAGAUCAUUAAAGACUUUUACCUUCUUGGACGAGGAGAACUGUUCCAGGCCUUCAUUGACACAGCUCAACACAUGUUAAAAACACCACCCACUGCAGUAACAGAGCAUGAUGUGAAUGUGGCCUUUCAACAGUCAGCACACAAGGUAUUGCUAGAUGAUGACAACCUUCUCCCUCUGUUGCACUUGACAAUUGAGUAUCAUGGAAAAGACCACAAAGCCGAUGCCACCCAGCCAAGAGAAGUGCCUUCUCGGGAAACAUCUCCCCGGGAAGCCCCUGCUUCAGGAUGGGCAGCUCUAGGUCUUUCCUACAAAGUACAGUGGCCGCUGCACAUUCUCUUCACCCCAGCUGUCUUGGAAAAGUACAAUGUUGUUUUCAAGUACUUACUGAGCGUGCGUCGUGUCCAAGCUGAACUGCAGCACUGCUGGGCCCUCCAGAUGCAGCGCAAGCACCUCAAAUCUAACCAAACAGACGCAGUGAAGUGGCGCCUAAGAAAUCACAUGGCUUUCUUGGUAGAUAAUCUUCAGUACUAUCUCCAGGUAGAUGUGCUGGAGUCUCAGUUCUCACAGCUGCUUCAUCAGAUCAAUUCCACUCGGGACUUUGAAAGCAUUCGAUUGGCCCAUGAUCACUUCCUAAGCAAUUUGCUGGCCCAGUCCUUUAUUUUGCUGAAACCUGUGUUUCACUGCCUGAAUGAAAUCCUAGAUCUCUGUCACAGUUUUUGUUCGCUGGUCAGUCAGAACCUGGGUCCACUUGAUGAGCGGGGAGCUGCCCAGCUGAGCAUUCUUGUGAAGGGCUUUAGUCGCCAGUCUUCACUCCUGUUCAAGAUUCUUUCCAGUGUUCGGAAUCACCAGAUCAACUCAGACUUGGCUCAAUUACUGCUCCGGCUAGAUUACAAUAAAUAUUAUACCCAAGCUGGUGGAACUCUGGGCAGUUUUGGGAUGUGAAAAUUCCGGUUCAUUCUGAUGUCUGUAACAAAGUCAUUCAUGAAAUGCCUACGGACUGGCCAAAGAAAGGGUGCUAGCUUUUUGUUCUAGAAGCAGUCUAGAGGUAUAAAUCCUUUCUACCAUUUCUGUAGGGUACUGGGGUCACAGGAAGGCUUUGAUCCUUAACACUAAGAGACCCUUGGGUGGGUUCACUGUGCAGCAGUGGUGUAUUCAACAUUUACUGUAUCCCUUUGGAAUCUGGAAGAUACCGCAGUACAGUGGGGAUAAAAUAGUUUAGGUUUGCCUCAUCUGUAAAAAGGCUAUUAGGAUUAUGAACAGGCUUAUGAACGGGUCAGCUUCUAGAUGUUAUCACCAAAUUAGAAAACAUUUAAGACAGGCUGUAGAUUUCCCUGUUUCUCUACUUUCUAAUUUUUAACUACACAGAUUACCUUGAUCCUUUGGAAAUUUAAAAUUUGAGAGCCUUCCCUCUAAGGAUACUCUAAACCUGAUCUGAAGAAUUCAGCCAAUAGGUUCUAAUUCUUUCAGACUAGUACAAGAGCAAGUCUAGCUAAAAAUGAUAAAGGUCAAAUUGUUCAGAUUUUAGAAACUGAAAAUUGCAACCCAGUUUUCCCACUUUAGACAAACCACAUGAGUUAAGGUUAUGGUCAGAUAGCCUAGCCACCACUGGCAAGCACUAAUGUUCAUAAAUACAUCAGCAUAAACAAAGGAAAUGCUUCAUAACAUACCUUCUCUCCAAGCUGGACAAGAAUGCAGUGUUCAGGCCUCAGUUUGUAGUCACUGCAUCUUACCUUCAUCUACAUUUUCUACCACCAACUAUGAAAGCCUGAGCCCCUGUACUUAUCAACUAGAGAGGAUCCCUUCUGUUGUUACCUCUAGGAGCAAGGCUUGGCAGAUAAUGGCCUGCUGCUUGUGUUUGUAAAUAAAGUGUUAUUCAAACAGCCACA